AUGGACUCAGUAUACUGUACGCACUUUGACGUGCUGCGCGUGCGCGUGUGGCAGAUCUCGCCUGAGUUUCUGUGGCACUGCUGGGCGCUGCUUGCGUUUGCGGUCGGCGCACAUCCAACAUGUGGACGAGCUUGGAUGCGAACGGGAUGGUGCCAAGUGGCAGGGACUUGCUGUGUCACAUUGAGUUUGGCGCGCACAUUGCGCCGAGGCGAGGGAGCCGCCAGCCGUAUUGCGAUGGACGCUGAGCACGAAUCGUGCAUGGAUCUACUUGUUGGCCAUCGCGCAGGCGCUCACAUCGCCCGAGCGAUCAAAUGUCCAUCGCCUUGCCGUCUCGCUCGCAAAAAUCCGCCUGCUGCGCCUGCAAGCGGUACGGACGUCAUUGGUCGCGAGACGAUGAAUGGAGGCGAGCCAUAUGAAAAUGCCCGACGCUUGGUCGGCUUGGCAACCGCCGUGGCCGCGGUGGCCGCAGUAGCCGUGACAAGUGUGUGUCAAGCCCUGGACCAUGACGCAUCAGAUGAUUCGCUAGCAGCAGUGGUCGAAGAGGUGGUUUGGAACGUGGUGUGCCUUGGCGGCGUUCAGGAGGCAAACUGCCUUGAUCUCGAAGCUGAGAAUGUUGCGAGGCAGCGGACCGUCGUAUCAAGAAUAUCAAUGCGUGCGGUCGUCGGACUAGCCCUCGGUGUUGGAGUAGGCACCUACAUUGCUUCGAGUCGCGCGCCAUGCUUUUUCAUCAAGGGCACCGCGGCUAGCUCAUCGCCCAGCUGCAACCGUAGCGACGUCGAGGGGAAGUCCUCGGUGCAUCGCAAUCACCCAUCGAGACGCGAACCGGACCACUGUCUGCGUUCCGCAUCUCGCGCAGAUGCUUCGCGCGAAGCAUCAAGCUUGGGCUUCAUCUGCGCCCCUGCCAUGAGCGACUCGGGAAGGGAGGCCGAGUCGGCGCGCAGGCUGCAGGCGGCAGCGUAUCGGUACAACUGCCAGCCGUGCAAGCAGCGCAAGACAAAGUGCGACCGCGUACGCCCGUGCGCCUCGUGCCAGCUGCGCGGCACCCAAUCCGCAUGCUAUGCCGACGACCUCCAUCCUACCUCCAACCCCACACCUGCCGCCCCGGACGAGGUGGAAGAGCGGCCACACAAGCGCACUCGUACCUCGGAGGCUGCACACGCGCCAACACCACCAACGCACCACUCGGCGUCGGCGAUAAGGCAGCACAUUGCGCUGCUCCGCAGCACCAUCGAUAGCCUAGAGGCAGAGCUGGGUGGCACAUCGGAACAAUCUUCGCCACAACGCCCAAUCGAGCCGAGCGGUGGGCAAGAGGCGAUGCUGACAAGCAGCUUGCGGCUGGUGUGGGAGGACGUGAAGCAUCUCUUCCCGCCGCCGCGCGAUGUGGAUCGUAUCCUCAACUACUUUUUGGCCGAGAUGACGUACAUCAUGAUUCCCGUGCAGGAGAAGCAGCUGUGGGCAGCGUGGCAGCGACUGCUUUCCUCGAAACGCGCCGAGUCGACAUCGACUUCGGGUGUGUCGCGGUGCAUGGUGGCGAGUCUGCUCGUAUGUCUGGCGUCGACAUCCUUCCUGAUUCCCAAGGAGAGGGAGCAGCAGCUGGCGCUCUCGAUCCGCACGGCCGAUCGGCGGGACGGAUGGAUCACCUCGGCGCUGGCACUGGCGCGGUCGGGCAACAUCCUCCCCUCACAGCACGGAGCGGGUGCCCAGCCGUGGCUCAACUAUGUCGACGCUAUCAUGGACACUUCGCUGGAUCGGUUUGGAUUCGAAACGCUCGCACUGCGUAUCUUCAAUCUGCUCGGCAUGAGCGAGAUCGCGUACCACCUGACGGGCGAGUCGAUUCGUCGGGCGCUGCGUGUGAAUCUGUUUGACGAGUCGUCGUCCAAAGCGGCCGAGGCGAUCACGUACGACGAUGCGCUGCUCACGCCCGAGGAUGCGCGGCAGAUGCGAAGGCGCAUCGGAUCGAGCCUCAUCGUCAUCGAGCGGUGGUCCUCGCUCUACACCGGCCGACCGCCGAUGAUCGACGAAGAGGCAGAGACGCUACCGCUGCCGGACAAGGCGUAUCGCUUCGAGCUCGAGGAGAUCACGUAUGCCAUGUCGCGCUACGUGAGCAAGCUGCGCCUGCUGCCCAACCAGCUCACGGAACUAACCUCGCGCAAGGCGGGAGACUGGAGGACGCAGCGCCAACGCGAUCAGGAAGCCGUAGCGCGCGUGCUCGAGCUCGACCGUGGUCUCUGCUCGCUCUACGACCCCGACGAACCGAUGGCGUAUUUUGGCGGGCGUUCGUGUGCGCAGAUCCUGGCCGAACUGCGCCAGCUCGAGGCAGGACAUCGCAUGGACGAUGCCGAGCUCAAGUAUCGCCAUCGACAGUUUGCCGAGGCGCUGGUGCUGACGAGCUCGUGGCUGUCGCUGCGCUGUUUGAUGACGAGCAACCUCAUGUUUCUGCCGUGGGUGGGCGAUCCGGCACUGCGCUACUAUGCGCUCAACCUGGCGCGCAGGCUGAUCGAGCUGCUGCCGAGUAUUUGGACCAUGGCGAGCAGUGCCUAUGUGCCCUUUAGCUCGUCCUGGAUCUCACGGCAUGUUUUUCUCGCAUGCACCGUGCUGUCCGUGCCGAUUCUGGGGCAGGCACACCCGGGCGAGGCGCUGCAAGAGACAAGGAGCGCCAUCGAUCCAGAGGGAAGAAGCUUGCCCGAGCUGGGUGGGGAGAAGUUGGACUUUGAGCCGUCGAGGCUGCAGCGUGCGCAUGUCUUUUCCAAGCUCUCGGCGGAUGCAUCGCGGGUGCUCGAUUCCCCACGCAUCCCCGGUUCGAGCAGCGUAGACCUCGACUGGUUCAGCGGGAAACUGGUGGAGAUUGCGCAGCUGUUUUCAAAGUUGGCGGAGCGCGGAGAUCAGACGGCGGCGAUCAACACCAAGCUCAUCACGGCGCUGUUGGGGUCGCGCACGGAACUGCGCGAUCGCGUGCUGCACAAGCUCGGCCAGCGUGUGCGCAGCGAUGAAGCCAUGCGGCCGAUCGAAUCGCAGCGCGACCUCACCACCUUUGUCGCAGCCCAGGCGCAGAGCGUGCCCACUCCCACAACGCCAGUACAACAGGAGCGCGCGACGAACAGCGAGGAGAGAAGCGCACUGCACGACCUGGCGAGCGUGGUAGAGACGGUCCAGGAGGGCAGCGGCUGGAACUUGCUCGACGGAUUCGAACAGGCGAGCAGCAACAAGGAUCACAGACUCAACAAUGAUGCACUCGCCACCGUGCCGUUGCUCGACACGGCCGAUUGGCUCGCCAUCCUGGACGGCGUCGACAUUCCCAUCUAG